AUGUCAGUAGAUCCAAUUACAUGUCAUAUACUAGAUACAAGUAUCGGUAGGCCUGCAGCUAAUGUUACUUGCUCCAUCUAUUACAUUUCACCUUUAACAAAGGACCCUAAUGAUGAAUCAGCUUACGAAGUUGUUGAUUCUAAACCGUUCGCUAUGGCAAAAACUGAUAAUGAUGGGAGAAUAAAAACUUGGGUUAAUGACCCAAAUCUUGAUGCUAAAGAAAAGUUAAGUAUUGGUAUAGAGGGUAACAGUUGGAACAAACUUACACCGGGUAUUUACAAAAUAAAAUUCUUAACUGGAAAGUACUUUCACAAUUUGAAAGAGAACAACAGAACGUUCUUUCCAUUCGUUGAAGUUGUGUUCGAAGUAACUAAUCCUCCUGAUAAACAUUACCAUAUUCCGUUAUUAUUAACCAAUCAUAGUUAUACUACAUAUCGUGGCAGUUAA